GGGGGCGGCGGGUCUGGUCGCCGGCGCCUCCGGAGGCCAAUGCAGGAUGGGGCCGUGGCCAGUUCUGCUUCUGGCUGCCCUUGUCCCCGCCGCAGCCCUGGGCGCUGGACCCCACAGGCUUCAGUAUGAGCUCACAGAGACCCAGGAUGCAACACUGUACUCGCAAUUCGUUGCCAAGGAACACUUGGACGAUCAGCUCAUCCUGUGCUAUGACGGUGGGAACAGCAGGCCGGAGACCCCAGGCCUGCUGGCACGAGUCAUCCUGGGAGCUGAGCCGGGGGACACCGUGACCAGUGGCUUCGCAGAGGACAGGAGGGGCCUCUGGAGCAAGCUGGCAGAUAUCAGGGAAAAGCAGAGCCAGAGUGGAGGCUCCCGUUCCCUCCAGGAGGUUCGGGGCUGUGAGAUCCAUGACGACAACACCACCAGGGCCUUCAGGCGCUUCUACUAUAACGGGGAGCCCUUCCUCUUCUAUAAUGAGGCGACCCAUGAAUGGGAAGCACCCCAGUCCUCGGUUCUUCCCUUGGCUGUGGAAGUCAAGAACUCCUGGGACACAGAUAGGAUUGGAAGCCAGAAUUCCUGGGCCCUUGUGCGUGGUGACGUUUGUGGAAAACUGCAGAGAUAUCGGCAAACCUGGAAGGCCUUCACUAAGAGAACAGCUGUGAAUGCGACCUGCAGCCAGGCCUCGGAGGGUGUGGUCAAUGUGACCUGCUGGGCAUCCGGCUUCUCUCCCUGGAAUAUCUCACUGGUCUGGCUGCAGGACGAUGAGCCUCUGAGCCCAGAUGCCCAGCUGCCUGGGGGUGUCCCGUGUGAUGAGAACGGGACCUAUCGGGCCUGGGUGGCCCUAAGGCUUCCCAAAGGAGAGGAGCAGAGGGUCACCUGCUCUGUGGAACAUUACUGGAAUUGCACUGUGACCUGUGGAAACGUGCAGGUGCAUCAGCGUCCAUGGCCAGCUAUGUCUUGGGGUAUCACUGUCGCUGCCACUUUCACUGUCCUUGUCGCUGCUGUCCUUCUUUAUAACUUUCGGCUCAGGAAGACAUCAGCUGGGGAGCGUCCAGGGCCCUUUAGUGGGGAAGACCUGAGCCAAGUGGUGAGAACGGACCUUCACAGUGCCGGGGCUCAGGGCUCUCAGCGUCUUUUGUCAGCACCUGAGUCCAGGGACUCAACUGGGGGUGCUUAGGGUCUGACCCUCCGGCCUGGACUCGCUGCCUGCGCUCCUCUCACCAGCACUUUCUCUCGGUGCCUCCCUUUUCUCAUCUGAAAUUAGAUGACAGCAUUCUCUGUCUCUAUCUUUCCUCUCUACCUCCUGAGGAGUCCCACAACCAGCUUUUCUUUGUGCUCUGUCACUUUGUGUCUCUGUGCAGGUCAUGUAAUAUGUAUAUAUAUAGUGUGUAUAUAUGUAUAUAUAAUGUGUGUAUAUAUUAGGUACAUACCUAUAGAUUUCAAUUUUUAUAAUUUUAUAAAUCUUUAAA